CAAAAGCUGUCAAAAGCCUCUGUGGUUUUUUAACAGCAGGUUAAAUCAAGAUGAGUUCUAGUUUAAACAGUUGUGCAUCUGACAUUCCAGUAACAGAGGAAAUGUGCUUGGCUGUUGUCCCAGAGGUUGUGGGAAAUCCCAUUAUGUAUAUAUAUGGACAUCCUUUUCAUAAGUCCCUCCCAGUACCACAGGACUGUGCCUCAUUUUCCUGUUUCACAAAAAAAGAAACUCUCUCGAGUAUCAGAGCCGACCAAUAGGAAGCCCUUCCACUCAAGUUUCUAACCAAUGGCAUUUCACACACAGUAAGUGAAAGUAAGCUAGAAGGUAGAAAAGAGAUGCAUGCUGCCUGGUUUAGCUGGAGUGCAGAACUUGACAGAGAAAUCAAGAAUUAUGAAGCUGCUACCAGAAAAUAUCAGAGUACUUUAUUUUGCUAGUGAUUGUAUGGAACCGUAUGUAGAGAUUAUCAGAGUGAAGGACUCCAAACGCCGCCUGAGUCUGUGUAGCUCAGAGGACUCAGAGGCAGAAGAGCCUGAGUACCAGGAGGAAGUUGAAGAUGCUCUCCCUGUCCUGAACAACCACAGCCUGCUGCUGGAUGACCACCACCUGGGCCAACUUGCUGCUCACAUGCCAGCAAGGACCCAGGGCUAUCCAUGGCAAUUGGUCUACAGCACUGCCAUCCAUGGGAGCAGCCUAAAGACACUGUACAGGAAUAUGGCUAAUCUAGACAGUCCUGUGCUGCUGAUCAUCAAAGAUAUGCACAAAAAGGUGUUUGGGGCUUUUUCUUCACAUCCAUUCAGAGUUAGUAAAUACUGCUAUGGCACAGGAGAAACCUUCCUUUUCAGCUUCAACCCUGAUUUUCAGGCAUACAGGUGGAGCGGGGAGAACUCGUACUUUGUGAGCGGCAACUUGGAAUCUCUGCAGAUUGGUGGAGGAGGGGGCGGCUUUGCUUUGUGGCUGGAUGCUGAUCUGUAUCACGGUGCAAGUUUUUCCUGUCCUACCUUCCACAAUGCGCCUCUCUCCACACAGGAAGAUUUUAUCGUACAAGACCUUGAGGUCUGGACUGUGCAGAACUGAAGGAGAAUAUCUGAAAAUGCAAGAUAAAAACAAAGCAGAACCUGCAGUACUGUCUGGAGUGUCAGAACUUCAAGACUUGAAGGAGUACAUGCAGUGUACAAAACCUGACAGAGCAGUUGCGAUCUGUGUACCUGGCUGAGAUUAGCCCAUACACAGUAUGAAGCCUGUUCUAGUGGUUCUUAGGCUGGACUCUCUGUUUACGCUGGUUUGAUCUGUGCCUUGAAAAGAGAAGUGGCGAGAUGAAAUCCUGGAAUCCAAGAUCCUGCUGCUUUAAACUAUUGGCUAUUCAUCAGUAGCUUCAUGUUAAGCCCAGUCGGUAACUGGCAUCUGAAGCUUUAAGCCCUCCAUGUCCUCCUUUGGGAAUGGAGAGCAUUAUGAGACUAAGUGUGUCAUAACACUGUUGGAUAAAAAGUUUGUAACUACUGUAAGCACAUUCAUUUUUAAGGAAAAUGUUCUUUUAAAAAUAUGUGUUUAUAAUAUAUGUUUCCAUGUGUGUUUCCAUGUUCUAUUUGGUUUCAUGGGUUUGAGAUUUAUGAAAAAUACGUGGCUCACCAACAGCCAUAUAAACCUUUAAGACAAAAAAUGAUACAUAUUUAAUUUAUGGUAAAAACACUGUAACAUGAUAGGACCCAGAAAACCCUAUGUAGACUCUAAUUGUACUUUUGAGUUUUUUCUAACAUGAGGUUUGGUUCUAAUGUUCUCCACUGGAACACUACCCCAGUUGAUGAAGACCUAACCACUAUAAUUGCACUAUAAACACCUUAUUGUCACUGAUGUGUGUAUUUAUGUAGGAAGGGAGCUCAACUGUUAAGUGUCACUUCUGUUUUUUUAAAGUGAGACAGCUGCCUGCCUAUUUGCAUUGAUGGAUAAUAUUUUAAGGAAACAUUUAAAAUCUUUUACAUCUUUUUCUAUCUAUAUAUUUAAAGAUGUUUUUUAAUGUGAAAAGGAAAGCAAAGCAUAUUUCAUUGUUGUUCUUGUGUGUCUGUUUUACAUUUCUUUGAUUGAGCACAAAACUGAAUCUGGCAGGUGGUGCUGGCACUGCCAAUGUUUUUGGUUUAUGACUAAGAUAUGGACCCACAUUAAAACUUCGUCUUUCUUUCCUGAUGA